GCUGGAUAGAAUGGACAUUGCACACCUCCGUCGACAACCGCAAAGCUCAGUCAGCUCAGAAAAAAAACAAACAAAAAAAAAACCUACCUAAACAACAAGAUGAAACUCGUCGUUGCUAUAUUGUUGGCGACCGUCUUGUGCUCCAUCGGCGGAGAGGCUGGCAAAAGCAAAGGAAGAGGCGGAAUGCAGCAAUCCUACGGCGGAGGUGGCCAACAAUCUUACGGAGGCGGACAACAGCAAUCUUACGGCGCGUCAUCGAUGCAACAUCGAGCUCCGAUGCAAAGCAAAGGCAAAAGUAAAAGCAAAGGUCAACAACAGCCAAUGAGUCACGGACGACCGGCAGCAGCAGCUAGGCCCAUGACGUCUUCGUAUGGCGGCGGCUCGGCAGCGCCGCAACAGAUGUCGGGAUCGUAUGGAUCAUCGGCUUCAAGUAUGGUCAUGCCUCCUCAACAGCCUAAACCAUCCGCACAAUCGUCUUACGGCGGCGGUAGCGCUGGCGGAAUGGCCGCACAAUCGUCUUACGGCGGCGGCAGCGCUGGCGGAAUGGCCGCACAAUCGUCUUACGGCGGCGGCAGCGCUGGCGGAAUGGCCGCACCGGUAGCUCCAGUUGCCGCUCGUCCUCCAGCUCCAAUGUCUUCGUCCUAUUAAGAAAAAAAAAAAAAAUAAAUAAAAAAUGGAAGAACUGAUCAUUAACGAACGAUCGGGAUUCCAACACACGGAUGUCAUUGACCAAUUCCCCCCACAAACACUAGGAGGACCCCUAAUUAAAAAUGUCUAAUUAACGGGAUAUAAUGAAAGGUUUUAUGAUUAUUACUAUGAAAGAGAAGGUGCCACUAUUUAUUUACAGAAUCGCAUUCACUGAUUACGUAUAGGGUCACGAAGAAAAUGUUUUUUUUUGUUUUUUUUUUUGUUUGCAUUCUAAUUUCUGGUAGGAGCUAUGUUAGGCAUUGGAUGUUAUCCAUAUUUCUGCCUAUAAUCACAUGCUAAUUAGAACGAAAAAAAAAUAUUUAUCAAAUAAAUACAAGAAAACUAAAUUUUCAAAA